GGAGUUUGUGUCACUGAAAGAUUGUGAUGCAUCUUACGUUUCCAUAGAGCACUGAAAGCUAUUAUUUGUGCAUCUAUGAGAGUGAAAGGAUUGGAAAUUGGUCUAAGUGUGUCACUGGUAUCAUAACGCCCUUGAAGGGAGAAAGAAGAAGGCGGAGGGAGAAGGCUGGAAAUAUAAAGCUCUGCUCCUUGCUCUGUUGAAUCCAGAAAUCUCCUUCUGACAGACAGUACAAUAGCAGCAUUGCAGACAUCGAGAAAGAUCAGCGCUGUGGUUUCUUGCUUUUCAUCCUUUUUAAAAGUGCUUUCUUCUUUGUCAAGUGAAACUCAACCCUCAGAUUUAUUGGAAUGCCAAUGAGCAUACAUAGUUGUAUUUCUCAUGGACUGCUGUGGAAUCGCUGACCACCAUGUUGGAAAUGGUGUCUGUGGCUGUUGUGGAGCUCUUCGCCCACGGUAUAAGAGACUAGUGGACAACAUCUUCCCUGAAGAUGCUGAGGAUGGGUUGGUGAAAGCCAACAUGGAGAAGUUGACAUUUUAUGCACUGUCUGCUCCGGAGAAACUGGACCGCAUUGGUGCAUAUCUCGCAGAGAGGCUCAGCAGAGAUGUGGCCAGGCACCGUUAUGGUUACGUGUGCAUUGCAAUGGAGGCUUUAGACCAGCUCCUGAUGGCCUGUCACUGCCAGAGCAUCAACUUAUUCGUAGAGAGCUUUCUUAAGAUGGUGGCCAAGCUCCUUGAGUCUGACAAAGCAGCAUUGCAGAUCCUGGGUACAAAUUCGUUCAUAAAGUUUGCAAACAUCGAAGAGGACACACCUUCAUAUCACCGAAGUUAUGAUUUCUUCGUCUCCAGGUUUAGUGAGAUGUGCCAUUCAGGACACGAUGAUGUUACAGACAGAACUAAGAUUCGUAUGGCUGGUAUAAAGGGUCUGCAGGGUGUGGUAAGGAAGACAGUUAAUGAUGAGCUCCAGGCCAACAUUUGGGAACCCCAGCACAUGGAUAAAAUUGUCCCCUCCCUCCUCUUCAAUUUGCAACAAGCAGAGGAAACUGAGAGUCGUUCGCCAUCACCACUGCAAGCAACUGAGAAGGAGAAGGAGAGUCCUGCUGCUGUAGCUGAAGGUUGCCUCCGAGAGUUGCUGGGCCGUGCAGCGUAUGGAAACAUCAAAAAUGCCAUCAAGCCAGUUUUAAUGCACUUAGAUAACCACUCACUGUGGGAGCCUAAGCUGUUUGCAGUCCGGUGUUUCAAGAUCAUCAUGUAUUCUGUUCAGUCCCAGCAUUCCCAUUUGGUCAUUCAGCAGUUGGUGGGUCACCUGGAUGCCAAUAGUAAGAGUGUUGCCAAAGUACGCACUGGCAUUGUGGAGGUGUUGUCAGAAUCUGCUGUCAUAGCAGCUGGUGGAUCUGUAGGGCCCACAGUGUUGGAGGUGUUCAACACACUAUUGCGACAUCUUCGCCUCAGCAUUGACUAUGAACUCACUGGCAAGUAUGAUUCAACCACCAAUGUCAGUAACCAGAUCAUUAAAGAGCACGAGGAAAGGAUUUUUCAGGAAGCUGUUAUCAAGACCAUUGGGUCUACAGCUACCAGGGAUAAUGGAAAUCGAAUGAUUCAGUUGAUGUUGCUAAAAUCCCUCCUACAGGUGACAAUUGGGUUCCAGAGCAAUAACCUUUUAGCGACCCUGCCCACCUCCUUCCUGGAACCUCUUCUCUCUACCUCAUUAAUGGAGGAUGCUGAACAUCGCCUCCUCGUCAUAGAGAUCCUUCUCAGUCUGAUCGACCGCCAAGGGAAUAGACAUAAGUUCUCUCAUGUCAGUAUUGUUCCAGACAUCUCUGUCCUCAUGCUAAAAGUGGACAAGUGCUCCCGUCAGGAUACACUCUUUAUGAAGAAGCACUCACAGACAUUGUACAGAUAUAUCUAUAUGAGCUGUAAACAGGAGAAUAACUCCCAUAUCCAUUACGAUGCACUCUAUGCCAUGCUUGCACUCAUCAGCGUGGAACUGGCCAAUGAGGAGGUAGUUGUGGAUCUUAUUCGGGUGGUAUUAGCCCUCCAGGAACUUUCAUUCACCAAUGAGGAUAACCUGCCAGUGUGGACACGCUGUGCAAUUCAUGCCCUCUGCUCUGCCUACCUGAACCUCAUUAGCCAACUGACCAGCCUGCCUGCCUUCUGUCAGAAUAUCCAGCAGGUAAUUGAAGUCAGAAGGAAGGAAGCAUUAUACUUGUUGCCAGAGGGAGUCUUUGAAGAUGAAAACAGCGUACCCAAUUCUAUGGACAGAUUAGAGAAGGAUUUGCUAUUCCUGCAGAGUAAGAUCAGUGAAGUUCUGGCAGGCAGCGGCUACAGCUCUGAUAGAUUGGGAAUACCCUAUAUUCCACAAUUCACAGAAGAGGACCGUUUAUCAAAGCGAAAGAGCAUUGGAGAGACUAUCUCACUACAAGUGGAAGUGGAGUCACGCAACAGUCCAGAAAAAGAGGAGAAAAUGCCAGCUGAGGAGAUUACAUAUGAAACACUGAAGAAAGCUAUCGAUGGUGGUGCCAUGGAAGAGCAAGAGAGAGAGAGACGACGACAAGUGGUGGAAAAGUUUCAGAAAGCUCCAUUUGAAGAGAUAGCAGCUCAUUGUGGAGCAAGGGCAACCAUUUUGCAGAGUAAACUGAAUCAAAUAUUUGAGAUAACCAUAAGACCACCUCCCAGUCCAUCAGGCACCAUCACAGCUGGUUAUGGCCAGAUGCAGUCUCGUUCAGUGCCAGUUUACGAGAUGAAGUUCCCAGAUCUUUGUGUCUACUAGCAGCAGCACAAUACGGUCCAACACAAACCUUCAUUGAAUUGCAGAGGUUCUGGUUUCUCAUCCAGUGUCAUUUGCACAUGGGAGUGACCCAGCAGCAGAAAUUGUAUUAGUGCAUCCUUUCAACCAUUCCUUGCAGAAUGUUAGCAGUCACACACAGCUAUUGUUUCUACUGGUACUAGUAUAUCAAACGUCAUUCUUACAGCUUAGUAAUGCUUUGUUUUGAAGACAUUAUCUUUCAUUGCCUUGCAUAUGCUUGCCUGAGAUCAUAGACAAGUUUUACUACAGUUUAGGGCUUUCUGUGGAAGUGUAUGAUCUGGCUGCUGCUGAGCAUUAUGAUUGGUGAAAUUUGAAGAAGAAAUGUCUUUUAAUGCAAUUAACAUGAAUUGAUGAUCACAAGAUAACAACAGACCCAGCAUUUGCUUCUCAGACAUUAAACUUUAGGCCCAAUCUAAGAAUGUUGAUUAUGACCUUAACCAAUUUCACUUGGCCCACAGCACUCUUAUUGAUUGAGGAAUGUGGCAGACUCUAUGCCUGUUUAAAUAUACUGGCAAAUCUACCGAACAAACAAUGUUGGAUAAUCUUUUCCAAUCUGUUACUCUCUUCGUGUUUCAGUUUCUUGUUCUCUCUAUUAGACUGUGGCCUCCAUGAAUCAGUGUAGACAAAAGGUGUGGAAUGACCAGACUAUCAUCUCACAAUCACUAACCCGAAGGGGUGAGUAGAAUUGGGGGUGUGGAGGGACAAAUCCUGUGUCUUCCUAUCUGUUGUUGAUGCAGAAUUAUUUAGGGCAGCACACUUGCACUGGUCAUCUGAGAAAUUCCAGCAGCUCCUGUACAAAAUCAUUGUGGUUUUUGUUUGGAACACCUUUGGUACUGCUUGAUGCUGCACGCUGUAUCAACCACUUCAAACAGGAAUCCCCGCUCACAGGUCAAGCUUAUCUUGUGUUUCUAUUUUCUGUUAUUCUGUGAAGGCAAAAAUGUGCCAGUCUUCAGUAAUGUUGUGGAUUAAUCUACAUUUUUGACAUUAAUUAUUGUGAAUUGAUCCCUAAUUAUGUGUGUAAUGCUGACAGAAAUAUUACAGAUGCAUUUGCAGGCUACAUUUGAACUUAACUGGAUGUACCAAGUAGAAUUUGGCAAGUGCUAGAUUUCCACCAGCAACCCUUCACUGUUCUCCUCAUUCUUUGCAACUAUAUUUUUAUUGUACAUUAAUGAUGGAAAGCUGUUGUCUAUGCUGAAGUUUUUGAAGAAAUGUUAUUCAUUCAGCUGUACUCUCACUUCCUCUAAAGUCUGAAUACAAAUCAACAUUGAAUCAAAAGGAAGUGUUCACAAUCUCAGAUUUCCUGGAAUCCUGACAAACAGUAUUGAUGGUAUACAGCUCUUGCAGGUGCACAUACACAGCAAAUUCAUGUACAUGUACACAUCCUGACACUACGGAAGUGUGCCCACUGAAUGCAGAUAAUGCAUAUGCACACCAUAUGCAAUCAGUGUGCAUAAAGGUGCUUCACAUACACAUUCAUAUAUAUCCAUUGUACAGAUGGACAUGUUUAGAUGGGAAAAAUCUUUCAGUCUAUUUGGCAACUCAAUUAUCUAAUUCCUUGAAACCAGAUACUGCCUUUCUCCAAUACUGGCAGGUAAUGGGAUAAAUGAAGAUCUGCCCAGAGGAGGAUUUAUGCUUGCUUCCUUCAGUCUAGUAAAUUGUUUUUCCUGUUCAGUAUGAGGUUUACUGUAAUGCAGAACAAAUGAAGAUUGGUUGGCUGCAACACAUUCAUUCAUUCCACAAAAAUGGCCUGAGUUUCUGGUGACCUGCCAUUUUAAUUUUUCACCUUGUUCACCUUUCUAGCCUUGGCUUCCUGCACUGCUCCAUUGAAGUUCAACACAAGCUUGAGGAACAGGACUUCAUAUUUCACUUUUCAUGCUCUGUACUUAAGGUUGAUUUCAACAGUUUUAGACAAUGAUCUCUGUCCCAUCCUCUUUCUUUGCAUGUUUUGGUUUUAAUUUUGUUUUUCUCCUAUUUUUGAUUUUGGAGAACAGCUAUUCUGUCAUUUAUACAUCCUCUGUACACAUCUUUGCUUCCACCCUCUGCUUUUCAUCUGUGUAAAAUGUAUUAUGUUUUUAACUUUUCCCAGUCUGAUAAAAGGUCAUUGACCUAAAAUGUUAACUUUGUCAAUCUUUUUCAUUCUCCGAUAACCAUACAGCCAUCUCCAUACCUGUUCAAGAAUUGUGUUCCCUCCAAACUUUUCUGUAUCCAAUGUUCUGUUUAAUUUUUAACAGCCAGGGGAAAUUGAGCUGAUGAUUUGAUUGGGAGAAAGUGAGGACUGCAGAUGCUGGAGAUCAGACUCAAUAAGUGUGGUGCUGGAAAAGCACAGCCGGUCAGGCAGCUUCCGAAGA